GUCCAUAACACAACAAUUCAACACCACCUCACCACCUCACCGACAUCCCAAACCCAGCCCUCUACGGAAAUGAACAAGUUCACCCUCCUCCUCGCCACCGCCGCUGCCCUCACCAGCGCGCAAUGCCCCCCUAACGCCCGCGUCUGCGGAAGCGACAUCCUCCCCGGCGGAAGCCUUGCUUGCGUCGGCAGUGAAACCGAGCUCGCGGUGAUCACCCCGGCCGGCAACUCGCCCGCCAACUGCAUCUUCCCUACCAAUGAGGACGACGUCCCUCAGGCGCGCGGGGCUUGCUGCUGUGCUGAUGAGAGGUGCUUCGCCAAUGGACUUGCUGCUAUUUGUGAUUAGAAGGGUUUGUGUUGGGAGUUCUUUGGGAAGAGUAGGAUUCGGUGAGUGAUGAGAUAGUAGGGAGCUUUUCUUUUGUUAUUUGUGAUUUGGUCGGGGUGUUUGUGGUGAUGCGGUUGGCUGGAUUCAGGGGUUAGGGGGAGUAGACGUGGAAUGGGUUUUGAUAGAAAAACCUAGGUAGAAAAGAC